CUCCUGCACGGUGCGGCCACAGCCCCACUGAGCCCUCGUGUCGAGCGGAGCAGUCUGGGCUCCGUCCCAGCCCUAAAUCUGACGCCUGCUGUUUUCCAGCAUUUCAUUUUUUCCGUGGUGUGUAAUAGCUGCCCGCUCGCCCCCGCAGCUGCGCUCAGGGCCAGCCCGGCUGGGAGCGUUGUCCCUCGCCUCGUGGGACACCAGGGUCGUGGGCGAUGCUGGUGCGGGGCUGCUGUGGGAAGCCGAGCUCGGGGCUCACGCUGCACCCCACAUGCCCCAGCUGCCCUGCACGGGCCGUGGGGCUGGGAGGGAGAGGACCCUGACACCGCAAGCAGCAGCUGGCCCCAGGGUCCCUAGCAGGGUGAGCCCACUCCCAUGGCAGGGCCAGCCUGCCUGGGAAGGGUUAAGCUGCGUGCAGCCAGGCUUGGGCGGAAGGGAGGGACGUGAGGAGCAGACGGUAAAUUUAGUAACCCCAGAGCGUCCCGGCACAACAAGCGGUGUGAGCGCUGGGCGAGGGAAAUCGUCGCUCAUGGGCCGGGUUCCUCCCCGCGCAGAACAGAGGAAGGCUGUGGGUGGCUGCUGGCCUCGUGCUGUGUCUCCCGUGCCCAGCAUCGCCAGGCGCCUCCGUGCGAACACAAUGGAGGCUCCCAGCAGGACCACCGCCAGCCCAACCCGCAGGGUGCAGACCAUCAUCCAGAACAGCCCCCUAGACCUGAUAGACACAGGCAAGGGGCUGAAGGUGCAGACGGAGAAGCCGCACUUGGUGAGCCUGGGCAGUGGCCGCCUCAGCACCGCUAUCACACUGCUGCCGCUGGAAGAAGGGAGGACCAUGAUUGGCAUGGCUGCGAAGGACAUUGUCCUGCAGGGCCCAGGGCUGGCGCCUGAGCACUGCUACAUCGAGAACGCGCGAGGGAUGCUCACCCUGCACCCCUGCGGCAAUGCCUGCACCAUCGACGGUGUGACGAUCCAGCGGCCCACGCGCCUCACUCAAGGGUGCACCAUCUGCCUGGGUCAGGCGACCUUCCUCCGCUUCAACCACCCCGCCGAAGCCAAGUGGAUGAAGAGCAUGAUCCCGGCAGGAGGCAGGAGCCCCGCAGCUCUCUAUGGACUGCCAGCAAAGCCCGAGGCCCUGGUGAAUGGCAGCCGCCAGCUGCCCGCGCGGGAGCCCAGCCACAGCUCCCUGGUGAGCUCCAUCGAGAAGGACUUGCAGGACAUCAUGGACUCAUUGGCACUGGAGGAGCCGGUGUCCCCCAGCAAGAAGUCACCUUCCCGCGGGCAGUCCCCGCUCUGCCCCAUGGUGAAUGGGGGUGGGCGCUGCCUCCUGUCCCCCCCACUGAGCCCCAGUGCUGCCUCAGGGGGCUCCAGCUACGAGAACGCUUCGCCGCCCUUCUCCCCGCUCUCCUCACCCGCCAGCAGCGGCGGCUACACCAGCCACUCACCCAGCAGCCAGGAGCAGGGCCCGGCCGUGCCCCCCGUUGUGCCACUCCGCUCCUCCAGCUACAACCACGCCGUGCAGCCCCCCCCGCAGCGCCCGCCACCACCACCCUACGGGGGCCCCAGUGACACUCGGCCGGCGGAGAGCCCCCGCGCCUGGCGGGGUGCCCUGGACAGCGCCGCGGUCCCGCAUCCCCUCGGGGAGCACAGGGCGGGCAGCCCCCGUGCCCAGCCGCCCGGCAGCCCCCGGCCAGCCCCCCGGACCUUGGGCUCCUCAGCGCCACGGGUGCGGGCAGCCCUGCAGGAGCGGCCCCCCAGCCCCUUCCGAGAGCCGAGGGACUCUCCUGCUCCCGGCCGGCAGCCUGCACCCAGGCUUCUCCCGGAUGCCGUGGGGCCGGCACACGGCAGCCAGAGUGGCCGUGGGCUGCAGCCCCCUGAGAGCCCGCGGGCGGCCCGGAGGAACGUGGAGAGCAUGCGGGAGCUGCCGCCCCUCAGCCCGUCCUUGUCACGCCGGGCUGCCAGCCCCCGGGCGGCCCCGGAUGCCCCCUCCCCGCAGCCUCGGCUGGGCAGGGAGGUCCCCGGAAGCCCCCGAGCCAGGCGCAAGGGCCACGACGAGCCGGGCUCCGCGGGUGGGAGGAGCAGCAGGGCCGGGAGCCCCUCGUCCCCGCUGUCGACGGAGCCGUCCCCACGCCGCCCCAGCUUCGGCUCCUGCCUGAGCCCCGCGCACAGCCUGGGCUCCCUGGCCGUGCCCUCGCCCCGGCAGAGCCCCCGCACCCAGAGGAAGCUGUCGGGGGACACGCGGCUGCCGGCAGGCGUGCGGGAGCGCAAGAACAGCAUCACCGAGAUCAGCGACAACGAGGACGACUUGCUGGAGUACCACCGGCGGCAGCGCGAGGAGCGCAUGCGGGAGCAGGAGAUGGAGCGGCUGGAGCGGCAGCGCCUGGAGACCAUCCUGAACCUCUGUGCUGAGUACACAAAGACAGACGGCUCCGAGCUGCUGGCUGGCCAUGUGGAUGCUGGCCGGAGGGCUCCAAGGGGCACAGUGGGGCUGGGCCGUGCCAUGGAGGAGCUGGGUGUAUUGCGGCAGAGGGAGAGCCUGGAGAGAUCGGAUGAGGAGAACUUGAAGGAGGAGUGCAGCAGCACCGAGAGCACACACCAUGAGCAUGAGGAGCUGGCGGGCCCCCGUGCCAAGGAGGCACAGCGGCUGGAAGAGGAGCGAGCCUGUGUGUUCGGCCGCCUGGAUGAGCUGAAGGGCCGCGUCAAGGAGCUGGAGCAGCAGCUGCAGGAGACAUCGCGAGAGGCAGAGAUGGAGAGGGCACUGCUGCAGGGUGAGCGGGAGUCAGAGGUGGCACGGCUGCAGCAGGAGCAGGAGGUGGUGCAGCAGCUGCAGGAGAAGCUCUCCAGCCUGGACGCCAGCAUCCGGAAGGAGCGGGACAAGGAAAGGGCAAAGGUUGAUGCUGAAAGGAAGGAGCUAGAGAAACUCCGGGCGCUUUACAAUGAGUCGAAGAGCCACCUUGAUAACUGCCCUGAGUCAAUGCGGGAGCAGUUGCGGGAGCAGAUGCGAAGGGAAGCAGAGGCCCUGGAGACGGAGACCAAGCUCUUUGAGGACCUGGAAUUCCAGCAGCUGGAAAGGGAGAGCCGGCUGGAAGAGGAGCGUGAGACACGGAGCCAGCAGCUCUUGCAGAGCAGGGCCGAGUACCACCGCAGCAUCGCCCGCAGGAAGGAGCGGGUGGCUGCGCUGGAUGCUCAGGCUGCCCAGAUCCGGCUGCAGAGCGCCCAGGAGGCCGAACGCCUGGCCCAGGAGAGGAAUGACGUCCUGCGGCUCCUUCAGAAGGAGAAGGAGAAACUUGCAUCUCUAGAGAGACGAUACCAGCUUGUCACAGGUGGCAGGAGCUUCCCUAAGAUGUCCUCAGCUCUCAAAGAGGAAACCCUCCAUAUCUCAGAGCCUUAUGAGCUGCUGCAGGGAACUAAGCCCCUGAGUCCCCCACUAGGAGCAGCUGCCUCCUUAGCUUCUCCUUCUGCCCACUCCUACCCCAAGAUGCAAGAGGAGUACAUGAGGCUGUCUGACGUUUUCAGGUUCUACAGCAAUGCAUACGGCUCCAGCCUGGACACUAAAGCUUCUGCUGCUGCUCCUGCUGCUGCUCAACGCUCUUUCUUGCUUGCUGUGCCCCCUGCAGCCAACGAGGUCUAUCGUGCCAAAAUGGAGGGUGACACUGGUGCCCUCAACCCUCGGAUGAAGAGCGGCACCCCGUCGUCCUCACAGCUCAACAUCUCCAUGCUGGGCCGCAGCCCCUCACCCAAGGGUCCCCUGCAUGCCCCGAGCCACGCAGGCAGCCUGCCACGCAACCUGGCAGCCACGCUGCAGGACAUUGAGACCAAGCGCCAGCUGGCCCUCCAGCAGAAGGCCGACUCACUCCCAGCAGAGCCCUUGCAGCCAGGCGAUGUACCAGGUCAGCAGGUGAUUGAGGAGCAGAAGCGGCGUCUGGCAGAGCUGAAGCAGAAAGCAGCAGCCGAGGCUCAGUCGCAGUGGGAAGCCUUGCACGGGCAGUCCCCCUUUCCCCCCUCCUACCCUCCGCUCAUGCAUCACUCCAUUCUCCAUCACCACCACGCCCACGGUGCAGGCCCACGGGCUGAGGAGCUGGACCACGCAUAUGACACCCUCAGCCUGGAGAGCUCGGACAGCAUGGAGACCAGCAUCUCCACAGGCAACAACUCAGCCUGCUCGCCUGAUAACAUGUCCAGUGCAAGUGGGAUGGAUGCAGGAAAGAUUGAGGAGAUGGAAAAGAUGCUAAAGGAGGCACAUGCCGAGAAGUCCCGGCUCAUGGAGUCCCGGGAGCGGGAGAUGGAGCUGCGCCGGCAGGCACUGGAGGACGAGCGCCGGCGCCGGGAGCAGUUGGAGCGCCGGCUGCAGGAUGAGACUGCCCGCCGGCAGAAGCUGGUCGAGAAGGAGGUCAAGCUGCGGGAGAAACAUUUCUCACAGGCUCGGCCUCUGACGCGGUACCUCCCGAUCCGCAAGGAGGAUUUUGACCUGCGGCUGCACAUCGAGUCCUCAGGCCACAAUGUGGACACAUGCUACCACGUCAUUCUGACAGAGAAGAUGUGCAAGGGCUAUCUGGUCAAGAUGGGGGGCAAGAUCAAGUCUUGGAAGAAGCGCUGGUUUGUCUUUGAUCGCAUGAAGCGCACUGUCUCUUACUAUGUGGAUAAACACGAGACAAAGCUGAAGGGCGUCAUCUACUUCCAAGCCAUCGAAGAGGUUUACUACGACCACCUCCGCAGCGCCGCUAAGAGCCCCAACCCUGCGCUGACGUUCUGCGUGAAGACCCACGACCGCCUCUACUUCAUGGUGGCACCGUCAGCCGAGGCCAUGCGCAUCUGGAUGGACGUCAUCGUCACGGGGGCUGAGGGCUACACGCAGUUCAUGAACUGAGGGCCACGCUGGGGAAAGCCGGGCAACAGCGCUCGCCGUGCACUGCCGCGGGCGGGUUUUUUGUUGUUGUUGUUUUUUUUGAUGUUGUUUUUUUAUGUUAACUUUUUAAAAACAAUUUACUGGAAACG